UACGAAGGCAAUGUCACAAUCAUAAAAUGGAUGGCCUACUUACAGCUAUCAAGACGGUCAAACCCGACCAACAACCGGCCUUGUCGCCUGCUGGGGAGAGGCCAAAUUUAGUCACGACGUCUGACGGGCAGGCAGCCCGGCCCAAAGCCGAUCUCCCCGGGGACGCAACAUCGUCAGAUCACAUCUUGGCUGUCUUGAAGUCGAAGCCCGACCAAGAUGAACUUGCUCAAAUGCUUGCCGUAUUAGAUCCAUCAAAUAAGGCAACAGCUCCAGAUGGGUUUGACAUACGAGUCCCGCGCCCAGUAACCGCGCAGAUCCUCAAUGCUUUGGUUAACAAUACCAUUCCGGACCAUUGGGACUCUCUUGAUGCACGGUCUCGGGGCUCUAAGGCCGGGAAUAAGAAGCUACGGGCCGCUCUGUUGAGGUGUCUCAGCAGUGUCGCAGGUAUCAGCUGCUUGGUGGCCCAACUCCGUUCUCUCAUAACUGCGUGCCGUUCCUCGGCUCAGCAAGCGAAAUCAUCAGGCCAUAAUAUACAGAUCCGGGAUAUUCUUGCAGUCAUCUCGGCCCUGCUGGAGCCGAGUGACUUUGCGUAUCGUCUUCAUGCAGAUAUUGGGAGACUUUACAGUAACGCAACACAGAAGCAAGUGGCCUGGAGAGAAUUGCUCUCACUAAUUGCGGCCAGUAGAGUUUUGUCCACGGCGGCAGAAGCACUUACUUUGGUUUCUGAGCUUGACGGUCUUGCUACGAUCUCAUGGGUCGGGGAAGGUUCAAAGUAUGCUUCCUGGAUAGGUGCAAAUAUCUGCCACAUGGCUUCGAAGAUUGCUCUCGAUGAUGAGGAGGCCUGGAAAGCUGUGGCUUUAUUGUCCGGGCGAGCGCUGAGCUUAGGAUAUACAGAUCAAUUGGUCAGAGAAAUCUACCCUGGACUUCUGGUUCAGCAGGCUCAUUCCGAACAAUACAGCGCACUUUUUGACCAUCUCCGGCCAACAGAGCAGCUGGCGAUACUCGAAGCGGUCUUUCGGGAUGUCGAGCGGAGGCAUUUUUCAGGCGAGAUCCCUGGUGACAAAGCCAGUAACACGUCAGGCCAGGUGAUCAGCAGUGUGGCGGCUCUAUGCUCGAUUCUCAUCUUAAAGCGGCCACAUUUGCAGGCUCACCUUAUAGACUGGCUAUCUAAAGGCCAGGGCGGUUCAAUCAAUACUGUGGGGCUUCGCCGUGCUUUAGUGGCUAUUUUUGCACAAGAAGAAGAUUUGAUAAAUUCUCUCAUCAGAAAGAGUAUGGAUCAAUCAGGCGACAAAUUUUACAUCAAGCACGCCCCCAUCAGGUGCCAAGAAGCCAAUGCCCAAGUCGUUCUGCUAGCGGCGGGCUAUCUCCGGCAUCUCGAUCCAGCAGCGAUGCAUUUCAUCGGACGCUCCGGAAUAUUCCUCAACACGGUUUCAAAUCGUCUAGCAGCUUCUUCCCCUCGUGCUCGCUUCCUCGGUAUGCUGAUCGGUACCGCAAUUUCGGAGAUCAUCGAGCAGCAGGGCAAGGGAAUGAAGUUUAAUCUUGAAGAGAUGGAGAGCGAUGAAGCAUUGUGGUACCUAGAUCUCGCUAAAACGAACGACAGCAUUGGCUCUGCUGAAUCCAUUCAGUCGCUGAAAGAGCCCGCGAAACCGACAGCAACGCAGACCAAGAAACAGUCCGCCUCCCGGGCCAGCACGUCAAAGCAAGCCAUAAACAGAACCGCGAAGAUUGUUGCUAUAGAAGAGAUAAAUGACUCCGAGGAUGAGGAAGAAGACGAAGAUCUCAUACCUUAUGAGAAGCCCGAUGAAGACGCCUCAGAUUCCGACGACGAUCCAACCUUAGUCCAGCGCAACAAACCUACCGCACCAGUGUACAUCCGCGACCUCAUCACCUACCUUCGUGACACCGAGAACACAGAACGCUACGAGUUGGCCCUGACCACGGCCCCUUCACUGAUCCGACGCAAGACCGGCUUUGGAACAGAGCUUGCAGAGAACCUCGAAGAACUGGCUCUCGUCAUCGUGGGCUUACAAGAGCAUGGAAAGAUCCCCAAGUUCCACGAAUAUCAGCUUCAAAGCAUGAUCGCCCUCAUAGUAUCCCAGCCCUUCAAAAUGGGCCACUGGUUCUCGGCCAUCUUCUUCGACGGGGACCUAUCUCAACCCCAACGCUCUGCAAUCCUCACAGCCCUGGGCCUGAGCGCUCGCGAACUCGGCGGAAACGGCGAAGCAGACGCCGAAGCCCUAGGCCUCCCGGGCCUCGCAGACGCUUCAUUCCCAUCGAAGAAACUUCCAGACACCCUCGAAGCCCUAUAUCUACCCGAGACCGAAUCCCCCAUCGCCAGCCUAACCAAGCAACUAUCACGCGCGUCCCUCGAACCACUAGCGGCCAACGCCUCAGACGCUCUAUCCGGCCCCAACGCCCUCAAAGUCCGCACCUUCUCCUCACGAAUGGAAGUCGAAAAGAAGCGUCAGCAACGCGAGGCCCAACGACAGAAAUCCACCGCCAAAGACCUCUACAAAGUCCUCGCAGACGGAUUCUUCUACCCCCUCAAAGGCCGUUUCGAAAUGAUGAUGAUGCAAUUCUCCUCCUCCACCGCCCCCAGCUACAACCCCUUCUACACCCCCCACCUCCUCACUCUCUUCAUCCAAACUCUGACCCUCACCCUCUCCACCAUGGGCCCCCACACCCCCCACCUCCCCGCCCUCACCCACGAAACCCUCACCUUCCUACUCUCCCUCCACGCUCGCCCCAUCUCCGACGACCCGGGGAUCCUAUCCGCCCUACUAUCCCUCUUCCUCGCGGCCGUAGACCUAAACGUCGCAUCCGGAACCUCCGGGGAAGAGCGACUCGUCACGGAGUUCGCAACGCAGGUCAUGGAGUUGCGCGAGUGGGUGGGACAGGUAUUUGAUCGGACGCCGCCAGUCCAGGAUGCGAGUGAUCCCAGGGAACAGGUGAGGACGUUGGCUGCGGGGAUGAUGGUGAAGUUGGGGGAGGUGAUGGAGAGGUAUCAGGGACGGUUGAUGGGGGUGGGGAGUGGGUUUAGAUAUUAGUAUCUUUUCUGACUGGGUGAGAUGAUGAGAUGGGAUGUGAGAUGUGUUAUGGAGUAGUUUCCUAGGGAUGUAGUGCCCUCUACUUAUUGGACUUGUAUAUGUGUGCGUGCUAGUAUUGCUUGUCAGGCUUAAGAGAGGAUAUCAUAUACCACC